UACAAUUCGAACAGCUCCAUUGAAGAAGGCUUCCCAUAAUUUCCUCCCAUGGCGGAUUCUCGACUCUUUCACACUCACCUUUUUACACUCUUCUUUUGCAUAUCUUCUCUUCUGAUCGUUACUAACGUUGAAGGCAACUGGCCGAACCACGGCGGAGAUUUGAAGAACAGAAGAUACGCCAAUAGAGAAACCAAAAUCAGCCCAUCCACAGUUUCCCGUCUCCGUUUGAAGUGGGAGUUUUUCGCCGGUGGCGACAUUUCUGUUACUCCCGCGAUUUACGACGGCGUGAUCUACUUUCCAAGCUGGAAUGGGUUUCUGUACGCCGUUAGAGCUUCCAAUGGAGCUCUUCUUUGGAAGAAGAAUCUCCAAAAACUGACGGGGUUCAACAAUACCGGAUUCAUUCUAAAUGUUAACUCCACGGUGUCGAGAUCGACUCCCACGGUGGCCGGAGAGUUGCUAGUUGUUGGAAUCUAUGGACCGGCCGUCGUCAUUGGCGUUAAAAGGUCAACAGGGAAGCUUGUGUGGUGUAGAAGGAUGGACUACAAAAAUAGAAGUUUCAUCACCAUGUCCGGCACUUACUACAAAGGAAGUUUUUUCAUUGGAACAUCCUCACUAGAAGAAGGGCUUCCCGUUGAUCAAUGUUGCACAUUCCGGGGAAGCUUCUCCAAACUAGAUGCAAGAACGGGUGCCAUUCUGUGGCAAACCUUCAUGCUACCGGACAACCACGGCGAUACCCAACAAUACUCCGGAGCGGCCAUUUGGGGCAGCAGCCCCUCCAUCGACCCCGUUAGGAAUCUUGUCUACAUUGCCACUGGAAACCUCUACUCGGCACCCCUCCGUAUACGUGAGUGCCAGGAAAGACAGAACAACCAAACCGAUCCCACACUGCCCGAUAAAUGCAUUGAACCCGAGAACCACUCCAAUUCAAUUCUGGCUCUUGAUGUUGAUUCCGGUGAUAUUAAAUGGUAUAAGCAGUUGGGUGGUUAUGAUGUGUGGUUUGGUGCUUGUAAUUGGCAUUUGGACCCUAGAUGUCCACCUGGCCCUAGCUCCGACUCGGAUUUCGGGGAGUCGCCAAUGAUGUUAAGCGUGUUCGAGCGUAACAUGAAGCGCGAUAUUGUCGUUGCGGUUCAGAAAAGUGGAUUUGCGUGGGCUCUUGAUCGUGACAAUGGCAAUCUCGUCUGGUCUAAGGAAAGUUUUAUUCAAUUCCCUUUGGUAGAUUAUGUCAUUUGAAUUAAUUUUUUUUUUUUUCAAAGUUCAAAGUACAAACAUAAUCUAUGCUUUGUUUUGGCAAUUUGA